AUCUGCUUUAAACGAGAAAUGAAAAAAUCAAGUCGCUUUCAAGUUGUGAAAUCUGAACCUUCAAUUGCUGUCUGCUCUCUCUCUCUCUCCAAGUUACACUACCUAUUACAUUCACAUUUUUAGAGAGAGAAAAAAAUCUUACUCUAACGCAUCCAUCUCGCGAAUCUGCGCCAUUUCCUUAGUCUUCACUCAAAUAAUCAGAUCUGAAGAAACUGAAGAGUUAGAGGGUGGUGCUUGUGCAUACAGACAAAUACAUAUUUAUGUUCGAUGUAUGGGUCGUGUUUACUGAAUUCAAUGUUGAUCUGCUCAGAUUCUGGUGGUUAUGGAGAAGAUCUAAAUUUUCUCAUCGUUUCGUAGUAUUGGAAACCCAAUUUCAGUUUUUUCUUUUUUUAAAUUAUCUUAGAAAUUAAGAUCUGUGAAUCGGGAAGAAGUUGGACAAACUGAUAGAUCUAGGUGAAUUAACGGAGAUGGAGACUUUAGUUGCUGUUGCUCAUCAUAGGAAUCAUCAUCAAUAUUAUGGUAGAAAUUGUGGGCAGGGACCGGCUCGAUUUGGGUCCCUGCCUAGUGGUAAUUCUCAUGGGGGCGUCAAUUGCCGUGCUUUCCAGUCCGGUGCAGGGUUACUUCCAGACCUGCGUAAUUCUUGCACGACAACCCCUGUUACCGAAAGGGAGUUUUCCAAUUCAUUUUCACCCAAAACCCCGUCAACUUUUGUUAAUGAAGACCACAAAAGCUCGAAAAAGAACUCGAAAAGUAGUGUGAUUCCAAUCCCAAUUGAGAUCACGUUUGAUAACAAAGACGGGGGUUGUGAGGAUAAUUUUCAUUUCUCUGAACGUUGGGCUGGACCUGCUUAUUCUUGCUCACCUCCCCCGAGUUCUUUGCCCAUGCCGAAAUUUUCACUCCGGUCAAAAAGGGCGGUUUCACUUGACUUGCACACAGCAUCCCCUGAAUUUGAUUUGCCGCCUAUGGCUAAAUCUGCUCCUGCUUCCCCAACCAGGGGGCAUAGUUUCUCAUCUACUGAUCUGUUUGAUACUGCUGACUCUGCGACUAAGACCCUUCGUCGCAUCCUCAAUCUUGAUAUCUCUGAUGAAUGAUGUGCUGGGAGCGGUCAGCGCUCCUGUGAAUAAGGGAACUGGUUUAGUUUGCAAAGUCAGUUAUUAGGAUAUGUAUAGAUAUAAUGAAUAAAGUACAUUUGCAGCACAACUUGCUUGUAGUGGUUUUGUUAGGUUUGCGGAAAUUGUAGUGAUGGUGGUGUGCAAGAGCUGUAAUGGCUGGUUGGUUGACUAUCUUUAGAUAUCUGAACAGUUGAUAUGGUGGUUUGCUUGGGCACAGUAGAAUUUCUUUUUUGUUUCUUGAACAUGGAUAUUAAUGAUGCAAAGGUACUGGAAGCAGAAGUGAUAAUUGAUGACUGGCAAUCCAUUGAAAUGGUGACGGAUAGUCGGCAUGGUUACCAAAUUGACUGCUUAAUCAUCUGUUCUGCUCAGAGGAGGCUGCAUUCUGUUUGAUCAUGACACAUUGAUUUCCAUACCUCGAGUUUAUCUUCCUUGUAGCAUUGUUCAUUCUGUUAACUUAUUUCCCCUCGUUUUCAGUUAAGAAUUAGAUUUUUAGUCAUAUACAAGUUGUACAUACUAUAUGAUCCUAAUCUGAUAAGUUUGAUAGGAUUUUGUCUCAUCUCUCUGUUAACCAAUUCUCCCAGCCUGAUAUUUGAUUUAGCCUCUUCUAUGAUUGCCUUUGUUCGCUUCAGUUUAAAUAUCAACAUACUGGGCUUCUUAUUUGUACCUUCGUUUAUGGAUGUCUGAAUUAGCUUGAUUUCAUUCAAUCUUCUUACCUCCUUUAUCCUGUUCACUUCUCUUCUUUUUUCUCUAGCUUUUCAAAUAGGAUCUGACUUGAGUCUUUGCUCUGCAAAGAUGUGGCUUUCCCUUUACCAUCUUUUCUGAUUUUUUAAAAAGAAAUAUGGGAAGGAAAGUAGAGAUAAAUGUGUCUCAGUUCUUCUCUUAGUUCUUAGGCUCGAUUCAUGUCGAGCUCUUCUUGCAAGCCCCCCCAUGUCUGUCCUUUGUUGCCCACUGUUGUUGGGAGGGGGUUUCUCCACCUCUCUUUUUAAAGCCAUUCGUCAUUGGAGAUUGUUGACCAUACCAAGCUGUUCACAGUUCUGGCUACGAGCUAAUUGAAGAAGAAUCUGCAGGAGUUGUCUGCAAAGCUUGUCGUAUUAUUCUUGCACCGUACUUUUGGUUCUGUUUGUUAUAGUGAGUCUGUUGGGAAAUGUUACGCAUUUUGUUUCGUGGAUCUUCAGGAUGUUGGUUUUGCUCCGUUUACUUUGUUGUUUGAAACACCAUACUAGUCAUGGGCAAAGUCUCUAGUGUUUUAUAUUGUCUCGUCUCAAGUUUGUUGGAAAAUGUCGUUUUGGACAAAACUUGAAACACAUGAAGCUCUUAUUGUUAUUGCUUAUCUUUUUCUGUGCUUCCCCAACUACAUCUUAUCAAUUAAUCGAAUAUUGAGAAUUCUUUAUUCUA